AUCCCGUCCCCCACCAUGAGCGGCCACCACGACGCCACCAAGCCAUACCAGCCCCGCCGUGGCCCGGAGCGGCCCCCGCCGGAGCAGCCGGUGGGGGAGGAGGAGGCGGCCGCUGCGGCGGCCAUGGCCGAGCUGCAGCCGGAGCCGGUGGCGAUGGAGCAGUACGAGCCGCAUCUCGAGCACGAAGAGGAGGGGGAAGACGAGGAGGAGGAAGAAGAAGAGGGGGAGGAGGAGGAGGGAGAGGAAGGGAUCGAGUAUGGGUACGACUAUGGCACCGGGGAGGCCGUCUCCAUGGACGCGGAGGGGGCAGCAGCGGCGGCGGCGGCGGCGGGGCAGCACGAGGCGAUGGCUCCGACGGCCGGCGUGCAGCAACCUCUGCCGCAAACGCUCACGCUGUCGUUCCAAGGCGAGGCGUUCGUCUUCGAGAACGUGUCCGCCGAGAAGGUGCAAGCGGUGCUCUUGCUGCUUGGAGGAAAGGAGCUCCCACCAGGAUCGAUCCCGGGGCCGUCGUCUUCCUCGCCAUACAGAAAGGCCAUUAAUUUUUCACACCGUAUGGAAUCACUGAUGAGGUUCCGCGAAAAGCGCAAGGAGAGGAACUUCGAUAAGAAGAUCCGGUAUUCUGUUAGGAAGGAAGUUGCACACAGGAUGAAGCGCCAUAAAGGUCAGUUUACAUCGUCAAAAGCAAAGGCCGAAGAAGGCACAUCUGGUGUGACUAAUUCAGAUGGUUCAACAAAUUGGGGUGCAGUGGAAGAUCGGCCUCAAUCUGCUUCUGUAUGUCAGCAUUGUGGUAUUAGUUCAACAUUGACACCUAUGAUGCGUAAAGGACCGAAUGGAACAAAGACUUUGUGCAAUGCAUGUGGACUAAUGUGGGCAAACAAGGGUUUCUUGAGAGAUGUCACGAGAAGUCCUCAUGUGCCUUUGCAAGUAGUGCCAGCAGCAACCAAUGACGCUCAGAAUGGAACCGCGGGAGCACCAAUCUCCGAGCAGGAAACUCUCGCACUAGAAGCACCACCACCAACUCCUGCUCCUGCUCCUGAUGCCAAUGGCCAUGAUUCAUAGCCGUCAGGUGAUGGAUUCUUCCGAGGAGGACGCUGCAUAAAAACUGGAGGCUUUGCCAUAUGGCACAUUAUGGACGUACUGAUGAGCUUACUUUCUUGCUGCAUGUGUAGAUAAUAGUAUAUAGGUCAGACAUUUGAAUCUUUCACAGAUGACACUGUUAGCAACAGCGACAUCCUCUACUGUAUGGUUGCUUUGCUGUUUUAAAAUCGUAUGAGAUGAUACUGCGCCUGUUAGACAAAUGACCCGACGACAAGAUUUUCUUUAUUAACUAUACAUGAAUAUGGUUAUACCCAUAUUUUCCUUUUGUUCCCUUAUAGUUAAGGGCUUAGAUAAUAAAAUAAGAGCCAUUUGCCCUUGUGCGAACUUA